UACAUUUUCCAAACUAUCACUUACUCACCAUAACAUAUAGCACACAAGUUUCACUUCACUUAUUCAUACUUAGCUAUGACAAGUUCUUUAGUGUUUAGUUUUAGUUGUUUAAUGUUGAUAACAAAUUUGUUUGUGGCCUUUGAUUUUGCUCAUGCUCAACCAACAAGAGCUUUUUUCGUUUUUGGUGAUUCAAUAGCAGAUAAUGGCAACAAUCAUUUCCUAUUAACCACUGCUCGUGCUGAUACUCCCCCAUAUGGCAUUGAUUUCCCUACGCACAAACCUACUGGACGUUUCUCUAAUGGCCUAAACAUUCCUGAUAUAAUCAGUGAGAGACUUGGUUUAGAACCAACUCUUCCUUAUUUGAGUCCCUUGCUAAUUGGCGAAAAACUUUUAGUUGGUGCCAAUUUUGCAUCCGCGGGUAUUGGAAUUCUCAAUGAUACUGGAUUUCAAUUUCUAGACAUCAUACACAUUGAUAAGCAAUUGAAGUUGUUCGAUCAUUACCAGCAAAGGUUGAGUGCACAUAUUGGUGCAGAGGAAGCUAAGAAACUAGUCCACAAAGCAAUUGUACUCAUCGUUCUUGGAGGCAACGAUUUUGUCAACAAUUAUUAUUUGGUCCCAUUUUCAGCAAGAUCUCGCCAAUUUUCUCUUCCAGAUUACGUGACCUAUCUCAUAUCUGAGUACAAAAAAGUUCUAAAGAAACUUUAUGAUUUGGGAGGUCGUAAGGUUCUUGUAACGGGCACGGGACCAAUGGGGUGUGUACCUGCAGAGUUAGCUUUGAGAAGUAGAAAUGGUGAUUGUGAUGUGGAACUCGUGAGAGCUGCCUCCUUAUAUAAUCCACAACUUGUCGAAAUGAUCAAAGAACUCAACACAGAGAUUGGUUCUGAUGUCUUCAUUGCUGCUAAUGCACGUCAAAUGCACAUGGAUUUUAUUACCAACCCUCAAGCUUUUGGAUUUGUUACAUCAAAGAUAGCUUGUUGUGGACAAGGCCCUUACAAUGGGAUUGGACUAUGCACACCCCUUUCAAACUUGUGCCAAAAUCGAGACCUUUAUGCAUUUUGGGAUCCAUUCCAUCCAUCUGAAAAAGCUAGCAGAAUCAUAGUGCAACAGAUCUUGACUGGCUCCAAUGAGUAUAUGUACCCUAUGAAUCUAAGCACUGUUCUCGCCAUGGAUCCCAUAGUUUGAUUCAUGCAUUGCACUAUUAGUUUUUUAGACAUUUCUCUCAGGGAUAUUACCAUGUAUCUUAUUCUAUGUAUUUUGACUCCUUAGUCCCCUAGCUAGUGUUAUUUGUGGUACAAAACGCAUGGCUUGUAUCUCAUAAAUUGCAAUUGCUCUAUUGCCAAUAAUAAAAUGUUGUAUUCUUUAGUGUGUGAA